GGCAGGAGGGCAACGCGCGCGUCAUCACCGCCUCACAGCGCCGCUGCCUGGCCGACGGCAAACCGGACGCCGAUGACCAGAUGUGGAUGGUGCCGCUGUCGUUCAGCUCCAGCAAGUCCCCAUCCGAGACCAUCCACAAGGUGAUUCUGGAUACGAAGUCAACGGAGGUACGGCUGGAGAAUAUCGCCCCCGCAGACUGGGUCAAGGUCAACCCCGGCUCGGUUGGCUUCUACAGGGUGCAGUACCCGCCUGAGAUGCUGGAGCAGUUCAAAUCGGCCAUCGCCAGCAAGGUUAUGCCACCGCUCGACCGCAAUGGCCUCGUGGACGACCUGUUCGCCCUGGUGCAGGCGGGCGACUCGAGCACGGUGGACUUCCUGCGGCUGGCGGCGUCGUUCCGUGACGAGGACGAGUUCACCGUGUGGUCGUGCCUGCUGAGCUGCCUGCGCCGCCUGCGGCCGCUGCUGCAGCACACGGACAUGGUGGAGCCGUACCACGCCUACUGCCGCCGUCUGCUGCAGGCCAUCCACGCCCGGCUCGGCUGGCACCAGCAGGACGGAGAGAGCCACAUGACGACCCUGCUGCGGCCGCUGGUGAUCGCCCACCUGGUGUCGUUCGACGACGAGGUGGUGCUGGCCGAGGCGGAGCGGCUGUUCCGCGCGCACCUGGACGGCGGGGGCGUGCUGCACGCCGACCUCCGCUCGGCCGCCUACCGCGCCGUGCUCAAGCGCGGCGGCAAGGAGGAGUACGCCAUGAUGCUCAAGCUGUACCGGGAGGCUGAGAUGCACGAGGAGAAGAACCGGAUCGCGCACGCGCUCGGCUCAAUCCCGGACGUCUCGCUGCUCUCCAGCGUGCUCGAGUUCGCACUUUCGGACGAGGUGCGAGCCCAGGAGUCGGUGUUCGUCAUGAUCUCGGUCUCCUCGAACCGGAUAGGACGCGACCUCACCUGGGACUUCUACAAGCAGAACUGGCAGAUCCUCUGCGACCGGUACAAGGCGCCCCGAAGCGGAGACCCGCACGGAACAACCAGCCGCAGCGUGAGCGACAAGCCGCUCGACCUGUGCGAGCCGUCGGACGAGCCCCCGGACGAGCUGUCUGACCUGACGGACCUGUCCGAGCUGUCGGAGCCGCACGUGUACGACGCCACGCGCGCGGUGGUGCACGCCGUGCUCUCCCGUGCCUCCAAGCUGCUGGACGACGGCGCGCUGCCCGGCGUGGCGACCGUGCACGACGUGGUGCGGUCGUGGCGAUACGCCAUCCGCUGGCGCUACUGCGUCGACUUCCUGCGCUCGGAGGAGGAACGCCUGCUGGCGCGUCACGUCUUCCAGGUCCGCUUCAGUAUCCCAGAACACCACCAACCGAUCCCGAAGGCUGUCGCAUACGUGUUCUUCUUCCUCACCGUGCCGAAGUCGCAGUUCUCCAACGCUCCCGUGGAGGUAUUCUACAUGAUGGAGACCAGUCGAAUGCGACACGUGCCGGGGAAAACCAGUUUCCAAGAGAAGUGGCUCAUCGACAUCGUCAACGUCAAGCUGAAGUUCUGGCGGGAGAUCAAGUUCUAG